GCUUUCGGUCCUGUCUAGGACCCAUAUACAGGGCGGCCAGAUGCCAUGUGGGGUUCCAGGGCCCAACAAUCAGGUCCGGACAGGGGCGGAGCCUGCCUGCUGGCUGCUUUCUUACUCUGUUUCAGCCUCUUACAUGCUCAGGACUACACGCCCUCACAAACACCUCCACCCACAUCGAACACCUCGCUCAAACCAAGAGGCCGGGUCCAGAAGGAGUUAUGUGGCAAGACCAAAUUCCAAGGGAAGAUCUAUGGCGGUCAGAUUGCAAAGGCUGAGCGGUGGCCGUGGCAGGCCAGUCUGAUCUUUCGUGGCAGGCACAUCUGUGGAGCAGUUCUCAUCGACAAAACCUGGCUACUCAGCGCUGCCCACUGCUUCCAAAGGUCUUCCUAAAAGCUCUGAAAAGCAAUUGUUAUGCAGCCCUAAGAGGGAUCCGGUCAGGGCUGGAAGUCUCUCACACCAUCUGACUACCGGAUCCUGCUAGGGUACAACCAGCUGAGCAACCCCUCCAACUACAGCCGGCAGAUGACCGUGAACAAGGUCAUCUUGCAUGAGGACUAUAGCAAGCUCAGCCGUCUGGAGAAGAACAUUGUCCUGAUCCAGCUGCACCACCCUGUGAUCUACAGCACCCACAUUUUCCCAGCCUGUGUCCCUGACGGCACCACGAAGGUUUCCCCUAAUAAUCUCUGCUGGAUAAGCGGCUGGGGAAUGCUCUCAGCGGACAAGUUCCUGCAAGCACCUUUCCCUCUGCUGGACGCGGAGGUCUCUCUUAUUGAUGAAGAGGAAUGCACGACCUUUUUCCAGACACCAGAAGUCAGCAUCACGGAAUAUGAUGUUAUAAAAGACGAUGUGUUAUGUGCCGGAGAUCUCACCAAUCAGAAAUCCUCCUGCCGAGGAGACUCUGGGGGCCCCCUGGUCUGCUUCCUGAAUAGCUUCUGGUACGUGGUAGGGCUGGCCAACUGGAAUGGAGCAUGUCUUGAACCGAUCCACAGCCCCAACAUCUUCACCAAGGUCUCCUACUUUUCUGACUGGAUCAAGCAGAAAAAGGCAAACACGCCUGCCGCUGAUGUCUCCUCAGCACCCCUUGAGGAAAUGGCGUCAUCCCUGAGAGGCUGGGGGAAUUACAGUGCAGGCAUUACCCUCAAACCCAGGAUCUCCACAACCUUGCUGUCUUCUCAGGCCCUCCUCCUGCAAUCGAUUUGGCUCAGGAUUCUGUGAUUUGUCUACUGGUCUAUUCACCAAGAGCCACUUUGCACGCUUCCAUCUGUGGGCUCACCUGUCCCAUCUGAGGCCACACCAGCUCCAGGCCUGACCGAAUAAAACAACUAAAGAC